GGGAGGGCGCGUGCGCAGUGCGGUCGGGCCUGCGGGGCCGCGGUGUGUCCUGACCCGGGAUGUCGGGUCCGGGGGGCCCGGGCCCCGGCGGGGGGAAGCUGGACAUCAACCGCGCCGGGGUGUCCGAGCUGGAGGGGGCGCUGAGCGGCAUCGGCCGGCGCCGGGCCCGGGGCAUCGUGCGCAAGAGAGAGGAGCUGAAGGGCUUCAACUCGCUGGAUGACCUGCUGCAUGUCAAGGGCAUUACCACCCGCAUCCUGGAGCUGAAUAGCCAGCGCAUGACCUGCAGGAGGAGGCCAAGCAGCGAGGAGGCCCCUGGCGGGAGCCCUAGCCAACAGGAGCAGGAUGCCCCUGUGCCUCAGGUGCUGGCUGAGGAGGAGAAUGGCGUCCAGGCUGCCUGGGAGUCGGAGGAAUCGGAUUGCUCAGGUGUCGAAGGGGGUUCUGGUCCAGAGUCUGAUAGCUCCAGAGUGCGGGUGGGGCAGGAGCCCGAGGAGCCGGCCGGCCUUGGAGGGCAUGGGCGGCUGGAGCCCGCCAGCUCCAGAGUCUGUGGGGCGCAGGAGGAGGAGGAGGAGGAGGAGGGGAGUUGCUGCAGCGAUGAAGGGGAGGAUGGCAGUGACGUCUAUUUCUAUUACACCAUUGGCGAGCGCUGGAUUGACUAUCUGGAGAGGACCGAGGAGGGCAGCCUCAUCCGACACGUGCGGCCAAAGAUGAAGCGGAAGUCGGAGAACGGCCUGGACAGCAGGGCCCUGUCCCCUGGCAAGAAGCUCUGCAAGGGCUCCGAGUACAGCAGGACACUGGGCCCCUGCAUUCCCAGCCCCACCACCACCUUUGGGGACCUGCGCAACGCCAAGCCAGGCCAGGGCCGCCGGCGCCGCAUCCCCUCGGUCGCCCCGCCCCCGGAGCUGCAGGACUGGCUCCGCACCUUUCAGAGGUGGAGCGGCCCGGAGAAGCUGCUGGCCCUGGAUGAGCUCAUCGACCGCUGCGAGCCCUCCCAGAUCAAGUACAUGAUGCAGGUGAUCGAGCCGCAGUUCCAGAGAGACUUCAUCUCCCUGCUGCCCAAGGAGCUGGCGCUCUACGUCCUGUCCUUCCUGGAGCCCCGGGACCUGCUCCGCGCCGCCCAGACCUGCCGCUACUGGAGGGUCCUGGCUGAGGACAACCUACUGUGGAGGGAGAAGUGCCGGGACGAAGGCAUCGAGGAGCCCCUGAACCUGCGGAAGCGGCGCCUGCUGAGUCCCGGCUUCAUGUACAGCCCCUGGAAAUUCGCGUUCAUGCGGCAGCACAAAAUCGACAUGAACUGGCGCAGUGGAGACCUCCGAGCUCCCAAGGUCCUGAAGGGACACGACGACCACGUCAUCACCUGCCUGCAGUUCUGUGGCAACCGCAUUGUCAGUGGCUCUGACGACAACACGCUGAAGGUCUGGUCAGCCGUCACCGGCGAGUGUGUGCAGACCCUGGUGGGUCACACGGGGGGUGUCUGGUCCUCCCAGAUGAGGGACAACAUCGUCAUCAGCGGCUCCACGGACCGGACGCUGAAGGUGUGGAACGCGGACACGGGCGAGUGUGUGCACACGCUGUACGGACACACGUCCACCGUGCGCUGCAUGCACCUGCACGGGAGCAGGGUGGUGAGCGGCUCGCGGGACGCCACGCUGCGCCUCUGGGACAUUGAGACCGGGCAGUGUCUGCAUGUGCUGAUGGGGCACGUGGCCGCCGUGCGCUGUGUCCAGUACGACGGGCACAAAGUGGUGAGCGGGGCCUACGACUACACGGUGAAGGUGUGGGACCCGGAGAGCGAGAGCUGCAUCCACACACUGCAGGGCCACACCAACCGCGUCUACUCCCUGCAGUUUGACGGGACGCACAUCGUGAGUGGCUCCCUGGACACGUCGAUCCGGGUGUGGGACAUGGAGAGUGGUAACUGCCUGCACACACUGAUGGGGCACCAGUCGCUCACCAGUGGCAUGGAGCUGCGGGACAACAUCCUGGUCUCGGGCAAUGCAGAUUCUACCGUCAAGAUCUGGGACAUCAAGACAGGCCAGUGCCUGCAGACACUGCAGGGGCCCAGCAAGCACCAGAGCGCCGUCACCUGCCUCCAGUUCAGCUCCAAAUUCGUGGUGACCAGCUCGGACGACGGCACCGUCAAGCUGUGGGACCUCAAGACGGGCGAGUUUGUGCGGAACCUGGUGGCCCUGGAGAGUGGGGGCAGCGGGGGGGUUGUGUGGCGCAUUCGCGCCUCCAACACAAAGCUGGUGUGUGCUGUGGGCAGCCGCAAUGGCACCGAGGAGACCAAGCUGCUGGUGCUGGACUUCGACGUUGACCUGAAAUGAGCCCCAGCCAAGCCGGGAUGGGAUGGCGGAUCCCGCAGGCCGGGCACAACAGCUGGGCUCUGCAGGGCAGGCCCCGGAGCAGGCCUCAGCCCCUCUGCAGGGCUGUAAAUACUGGAUCCAGCCUGCCUCCGCCUUAUUUAUAUGCGCAAGAGCUCCCGGGCGUGGGACUGGCAGGGAGGGCCCUGCGCACAGCCAGGGGCCUGGACAGAGAGGGACACAGCAUGUUUUGUACACACUAAUAUAUCGAUCUAUUUCUGUA